AUGUGUACCAUUCUCGUAAUUACGUACGACUGUGGCCACGAGAGCAAGAUCAACCUCCCCUGUGGGGAGAGGAGUUGUAAGAAGACUGCAGACCAUACUAGGACAAGGCAGUACGAAUGCAGACCCUGUGUAACGGAACUCAUAAAUCGCCUCCGUCGCGAACGUAACGAAGAGAAACAGAAGGCUCGAGAUGCUGGGACCGUGUCUGCUAAGAUGCUUCAGCAACGGAAGGCUGAGCGUGAACAGGACUUAAAGGUAGCAACAGCAGACAUCUGUGUUCACGUCGAUCUCGAGACAACAUUCGCCUGCGGGCAUCUAGAUCUAACGACAUGGUCUUGUGCCACUGCCAAAACCGCAGAAGCUGCCAAUCACCGAUCUGUUUGGAGAAAGCUCGAGAAAGACAGGGACGAAAACUGCGGAGAAUGUCUAGAGCAAGAAGAAGCUAAUCGCGAUGAAGCGUUCGCGCGAUUAACUAGAUCUCACGCUGCUGAAACAGACACAGUGCAUGAGUUGAGGGAACGGAUGGACGCGCUUGAAGAAGAGAGAGAUGAGCUUGCAGAUAGCCUGGAUUUGGUUGAAGAUGAGGUUAAAGCAACUCUGGAAGAGCUACUGUCAGAUGGUCAGCGCCAUGCUGAAGAAGUAGAUACUCAGCUUGACAUCUUGGCGGUAGAGCAAGCUGAGUUCGUCCGACAAAUGGACGACCAGAAUAUGGCAUUGGAAAUCGCAAUCUUGGAGCUUCGAGAAGAGUUGCAAUCAGCUCUCUCUGAUAACGGUGCGCAAAACUCUUGA